UCCCGCUGCCUCCUGCGGCCCGAGCCGGGACCCGCCGCUCCGCCUGCCGCGACCAAGAGCUGCUGUUCGCCCUCCCUCGCCGGGACAGCCGAGGGCUGCCCUAGGAUAUUAGCCGCCGGUAUCCGGAGGUGCGGGAAGCCGGCGCCGCUCGCUCGGAUCGCUCUCCCCGCAGGCCGGUUCGGAGAGAGACUUUUGCCAUGGGGCCAACGACCGUUCUCUUCCUCCUCCUCAUGCUCGGCGUCUCGGAGGCCAAGCGCACUGCAGAGUCCCGGAGUGAUGAUAACAGUGUCUUUGAUCUCUUUGAACUCAUUGGCUACAUUCGGAAGGGAGCUGGGCGCCGGGCACCUGGGGUGCACCUGGUGAAGGGGCCAGAAUCCUCCAGCCCUGCUUACCGCAUUGAAGAUGCCAGUCGCAUCCCUGCUGUCCCUGACUCCAAGUUCCAAGACUUACUAGAUGCCAUCCAUGCUGAGAAGGGCUUCAUCCUCCUGGCCACUCUCCGGCAAGCCAAGAAGAGUAGAGGCACACUGCUGUCCGUGGAACAAAAAGAUGGUUCUGGUCAUGUCUUCAGUCUCGUAUCAAAUGGCAAGGCAGGCACCCUGGACCUGAACCUUUCUAGUGAUGGCAAGCAGCAGUUAGUGUCAGUAGAGGAUGCCUUGCUAGCUACAGGACAUUGGAAGAAUAUCACCCUGUUUGUGCAGGAGGAUCGGGCUCAGCUCUAUGUGGGGUGCGAGAAAAUGGAGAAUGCUGAACUGGACAUCCCCAUCCAGAACAUCUUCACUAGGGACCUGGCCAGCAGUGCCAGGCUCCGCAUUGCCAAAGGGGGAGUCAAUGACAACUUCCAGGGACUGCUGCAGAACGUGAGGUUUGUGUUUGGAACAACUCUGGAAACUAUCUUGAGGAACAAAGGCUGCUCAAGCUCCACUAGUGCAAUCAUUACUUUGGACAACCCCAUCAAUGGCUCCAGUCCAGCUAUCCGCACUAAUUAUAUUGGCCAUAAAACCAAGGAUAUCCAAGCAGUCUGUGGUUUUUCCUGUGAUGAAUUAACAAAUAUGUUUGUGGAACUCCAAGGGCUCCGAUCCAUGGUGACAACACUUCAAGACAGAGUUCGCAAAGUGACUGAAGAAAAUGAACUGAUUGCCAAAGUGGUCCAGAUCACUCCUGGAGUAUGCAUUCAUAAUGGAAUCUUGCACAAAAAUAAAGAAGAGUGGACUAUUGACAGCUGCACUGAAUGUACCUGCCAGAACUCUGCCACCAUAUGCCGGAAAGUGUCCUGUCCUCUCAUGCCAUGUUCCAAUGCCACUGUGCCUGAUGGGGAGUGCUGCCCACGAUGCUGGCCCAGCGAUUAUGCAGAUGAUGGAUGGUCUCCUUGGUCUGAAUGGACUUCAUGUUCUGUGACCUGUGGCAAUGGGAUUCAGCAGAGAGGGCGAUCCUGUGACAGUCUCAAUAACCGCUGUGAAGGGUCUUCUGUGCAGACUCGGACUUGUCACCUUCAGGAGUGCGAUAAGAGAUUUAAACAGGAUGGAGGCUGGAGUCACUGGUCGCCAUGGUCAUCAUGUUCUGUCACUUGUGGCACUGGCAUUAUCACUAGAAUUCGUCUCUGCAACUCUCCAGUACCACAGCUGAAUGGCAAACCUUGUGAGGGUGAGGCAAGAGAAAACAAAUCCUGCCAGAAAGAUCCUUGCCCAAUUAAUGGCAACUGGGGACCAUGGUCUCCAUGGGAUGCUUGCACAGUGACAUGUGGAGGAGGACUUCAAAAACGUAGCCGUCUCUGCAAUAAUCCUGAGCCUCAGUAUGGUGGGAAGACUUGCGUAGGUGAAGCUAGAGGGACUCAGGUCUGCAACAAACAGGACUGCCCAAUUGAUGGGUGUCUGUCCAAUCCCUGCUUUGCAGGGACUACGUGUACCAGCUCCCCUGAUGGCUCCUGGAAGUGUGGUGCCUGUCCUGCUGGCUACCAUGGUGAUGGUAUCCACUGCCAAGAUAUUGAUGAGUGCAAAGAGGUUCCUGAUGCCUGCUUUGUCUUCAAUGGAGUGCACAGGUGUGAGAAUACUGAACCUGGGUACAACUGUCUGCCUUGUCCACCACGUUUCACUGGGACCCAGCCAUUUGGUCGCAGUGUUGAGGAUGCCAUGUCUAACAAACAGGUCUGCAAGCCACGUAAUCCAUGCACAGAUGGAACACAUGAUUGCAACAAGAAUGCCAAAUGCAAUUACCUUGGCCACUUCAGUGACCCCAUGUACCGCUGUGAAUGUAAACCAGGCUAUGCCGGCAAUGGCAUAAUCUGCGGAGAAGAUACUGACUUGGAUGGAUGGCCAAAUGAGAACCUUGUUUGUGUUGCCAAUGCCACUUACCACUGUAAAAAAGAUAACUGCCCAAAUCUGCCCAACUCUGGACAAGAAGACUAUGAUAAGGAUGGGAUUGGUGAUGCCUGUGACAGUGAUGAUGAUGAUGAUGGUAUUCCUGAUGACAGGGACAACUGUCCAUUCAUCUACAACCCACAGCAGUAUGACUAUGACAGGGAUGAGGUUGGUGACCGCUGUGAUAACUGCCCCUACAAUCACAACCCUGAUCAAACAGACACUGACAACAAUGGAGAAGGAGAUGCAUGUGCAGUAGAUAUUGAUGGAGAUGGGGUCCUUAAUGAAAUAGACAACUGCCAAUAUGUCUACAAUGUAGACCAGAGGGAUACAGACUUGGAUGGUGUUGGAGAUCAGUGUGAUAACUGUCCAUUGGAACACAAUCCUGACCAGGAAGACACUGAUUCUGACCUCAUAGGUGAUCAGUGUGACAACAACCAGGACAUCGAUGAAGAUGGCCAUCAAAAUAAUCUUGAUAACUGCCCCUAUGUGCCCAAUGCCAAUCAAGCUGACCAUGACAAGGAUGGAAAAGGUGAUGCCUGUGACCAUGAUGAUGACAAUGAUGGUAUCCCUGAUGACAAAGAUAACUGCAGAUUGGUUGCCAACCCAGAUCAAGCUGAUUCUGAUGGUGAUGGACGUGGAGAUGCUUGCAAAGAUGACUUUGACCAAGACAGUGUGCCAGACAUUGAUGAUAUCUGCCCUGAAAACGUAGAUAUUAGUGAGACUGACUUCCGAAGAUUCCAGAUGAUUCCCCUGGAUCCCAAAGGAACAUCCCAGAAUGAUCCAAACUGGGUUGUUCGUCACCAGGGUAAAGAACUGCUUCAGACAGUCAACUGUGACCCUGGCCUUGCAGUCGGUUUUGAUGAAUUCAAUGCUGUGGACUUCAGUGGCACCUUCUUCAUCAAUACAGAAAGGGAUGAUGAUUAUGCUGGUUUUGUAUUCGGUUACCAAUCUAGCAGUCGUUUCUAUGUUGUCAUGUGGAAGCAGAUCACCCAGUCUUACUGGGACUCCACACCAACCAAAGCUCAAGGCUACUCAGGUCUCUCCAUCAAAGUUGUGAAUUCCACCACUGGUCCAGGAGAACACCUUCGUAAUGCUCUGUGGCACACAGGAAACACUCCUGGCCAGGUGAGAACUUUGUGGCAUGACCCUCGUCACAUAGGCUGGAAAGAUUUCACUGCAUACAGAUGGCGUCUUAGCCAUAGACCAAAGACUGGUUACAUCAGAGUUGUAAUGUAUGAAGGGAAGAAAAUCAUGGCAGACUCGGGACCCAUCUAUGAUAAAACGUAUGCUGGUGGUCGGCUAGGAUUAUUUGUUUUCUCUCAAGAAAUGGUGUUCUUCUCAGACCUUAAAUAUGAAUGCAGAGAUCCAUAAUCACAAGGUUAUUGGAUCCAGAGACUAUUUAAAAAUGCUGGUAUUGCACCUUCUGAAACAUUUAGCCUUACAAAUCCUGGGACCAUUAUAUUAUUCCUUCCUUUCUUCUUUCUGCGUAAAUGUGGACUCGAAACACAUGACCUGCCUCAAGAGAAUGCUUUUGAGAGAAUGAAAGUGAGAACAUACUUGGUAUCUGACCUCUGCUGAGUGGAAGGAAACAAUUGUGUCUUUCAAAUGAGAAUUGUCUUCACUGAACAAAGCACACUUCUUUCAGUAGGAAAGACAUUUGUUUGCUGUUUAUCACAGUGCAGUGUCACUGCCUCUCUUAACUGGAGGUCCCAUGGAGUAGCAUUUUGUAAAAAGACCAUCUUUGGAUGUGCUGUGGACUACUUAAACUGAAGACCUUUCAUUGUGUGGGGAAAAGGGGGUUUGGGUGGGAGGGUGAACUCCAAGUCUUUUUUCUUCAUGGGGGAGAGGAAUUUUUUUAAUGAGGGCUGCACAGCCUUGGUUUACAUCCAUUUAACUUGGAUAAAUGAUUAUUGUUUUAUAUGUCGUAUUUUUCAGAUGAAAACACAGCCUUUUGCUCUAUUUGGGGUGAGCUAGAUCAGCUGCUCUACUAAAAAGGGCAAAACAGAUAUCCUAAAACUGAUUUCCAUUAUGCGAGGGGGAAAGAGGAUAAAAACUGGCACACUGGAUCACAGCAGCUUUGGGAGAACUGGGAUUUACAAUUGGAUUCUGUUUUUUUCCUGAUUAGAUGCAGAUCUUUCUUACCUUUAAAUGUUUUCUUUCAGAUAGGGUGCCAGAAAGCACCGCCAUCUCAACUAGCACUGUGCUGCCUUUAAGGAAACCAGCAUGUGCUUCACUUUUUAUGGUUAAAAAGGCACAAAAACAAUAGUAAUGAAAACAUUCCUUUUCUACAUGCCAUAGAGGCUUUAACCCCCUUGCUUCUUGGGAAGGGAGGGGAAGGGGCCUGUAGAUAACAUACUAAAAUUGUAAAAUAUUUAUUUUUAUCUAUCCUUGAUGUUAUGACUGAGGGAUUAUUGAUUAAAACAACAAGAAAUGCGUCAAGACUAUCCACCUGAUAAUUGUUACAAGUCUUCAUGACUGUAAGAUUGUAAAUACAGAUUAUUUAUUAACUCUGUUCUAUAUUGAAACUAGAGGGGUUUUAGUUGAGGAAAAAGAAAAUCUUGUCUGGAGCAGAUAGUGGUGAUGUGUAUGUUAUAAAGAGCAAUUUUCCCAUAAAGGAUUUGAGGUGCAGGGAAAAGUGGUGGGGUGGGGAAUGGGAUGUUUGUUUUUCUCAGUCGGAGCUCAGUGUUGGCUUUUCCUUUCUUUGUGCAAGGCAGUUGGUAGCCUGGCAGGCAACUGUUCUGCAGUGCUAAAACUCAAGUCCCUUUAGCUGGUUUAGAGCAGUUCCUGUCUCCCAUCCAUAGUGCUAGAGAUCUGGGAAUGCCAUUUCCCAUCGUAGCGGUUAUUUAGUGCUAGGCACAUCUGCAGUGCUUGACAACUGCUCAGUGGCCUGACACAAAAACAGAAUACUGGCCCUGAGGAGGCUGCAGAGAGGCACAAUGACUGCAGUUAGGAACCAUUCAAACAGGGUAUUUGUGCUGCUGCACACUAAUUGUUGCAACCAGCAAUGUGCAGCUACAAAAGGAAUUCUUCAAAGAAUUUCAGGAGCUCGUUGCAAAGGAGGGAGAGGACUUGAGGAACAUACACAGACUGUUUUCCCCAACAGAAGUGGCAGCAUCCUUAUAAUUUUUCCUUGUCUUUUCAAAAAAGGAAAAGAAAUUAACACAGUGAAAGUUUUACGUACAAAUAUUACCUCAUUGUUGUGUGACUGAGAAAAACCUUUGGAUUAAGUAGAGUUCAAAUGUCUAACAAACUUUAAAGCUACUGUAGUACUAAAAAGUUAAUGCUGUACAUAGUCAAAAUUUCUUUGCAGAAAAUGUAUUCCCAGUAAGGAAAUGGCAUUGGAAAAAAAAAUGUCAAAUACAAUUUCUAAUGUUGUGUUAUAUUUUUUUCUUGUCAUCUUGUAUACCAUUGCUUGUAUUUUUAUAAAUUAUUUUUCUCAUUGCCAUUGUAAUAGUUAAUCACAUAAUUGUGUAGAUAUGCUAUUUAAAUAAUUUAUCAUGAAAUGCUACCUGUAGAGUUAGUAUUUCUAUUUUUAUAAAAUGUUUGCACACUGAACUGAGGACUCUUUUUUUUUUUUUUUUUUUUUCUUCCCUCCUCCCGAUGUUUUUGCUAGCAUAAUUUUCUAAGGACAUGCUUUUUUUGUAAACAUUUUUAACCAUUUUCCAUUUUAAAGGUUUGUAAGUUGUACAAUAAAGCUUCUUACAUACAAAGAACAAUAAACCAACAAGGACAUUUAUAUUUA